UCGCAGUGUAACCAAUACUGUAACACAUCACACCGAUAAAACAGGAGUCCUGCUAAAAUAUUGAAGAGCUCAGCUCAGGCUGCAAGCUUUUUAAAACUUGUUACACUUCCUCACCCUUGAGAUGUCGCGACUGCAAGAAACCACCGAGACUCUGCAUUAUUCCGUCGGCAUCCUAUCUACAUGUGCAGGUGCGCUGUUGUUGACUGUGGAUCGUUACAGCACAGUGCCCUUGAUUCCUAGCACGGCUCUCGGAAUUUUGUUACUUAUAGUGGCGGCUCUUGUCGGUUAUACAGGUCGAGUUUGUGAAUUCUUAAGUAAAGGAAAAAUCAUUUUCCCAGGGACAUGUCUGCAUAAGAGUAAUUCCUAUCUGAAAUCAGAAACCAUCAAAAAUGAUGUAGUUGUUGUAGGAUACAUCACAAACAUGCUAUCUGCCAGUGUGUUAGGAUGUCAGGUUUUGGGUGUAACUACCAAGCUGUUUGUUGGCCAAGUCCCCUGGCUAUGGACAGCAGCUGUCUAUCAAAUUGUUGUUUGUGUUUUGUCUUAUAGAGCCAAUGACAGUCUGAUUGCUACAUUCUUUGGUUUCACCUCAAUAUUAAAAUUUGCAGAAGGCUAUGCUUUUCUUUUCAAGCUUUGGCAAGAUGAUCAACCCUUCUUCCCAGUUCCAGCUCCCAUUGUUCUUGCAGUGCUCUUUUUCAUUCUGGCUCUGUUUAUGACUGGUAAAAGUCUUGUUGAUGGAAUUUAUUUACUUUUUUUUGUUUCCUAUUGUAUAUCAGUGGCAUCUAACUCAACUGGUUUCUUUCAUGGUGGUGCACAAGGUGUCAGUGUAGCUAUAUUUGUGGCAUCUGCUUGCUUAGUUUUCAUUUCCCUUUUCAAUAGUAUUGGAUUCAUUACUAUUCCCACUGGAAAGGGGAUCAUAAAGGGUUUUCUCAUUAGGAUGAAUACAUUAACACCAAAGUCAGAUAAAGACACCCAAAACCCUUAUUUGGGAUAUUCCAAAUACUCAGAUGCUGAAAUUUUAGCCCAUGCUUGUAAUGUUGUAGCUGCUUUUGCUAUCACUGCAUCAGUCAAUACUUCUGCACCAUUAGCCACUGUUGUCCUACCCUGGAUUAUCAUUCCUGGGGGAGUUCUUCAGCUUCUGUGUGGUUCAAUCUCUUUUUCUCGGGGUAAAACCCUGGAAAGUUGUGCUUUCAUCUUGUAUGGCUUAAUAUGGAUAAUCUGGGGAUUGACCCGAUAUGGUGGUCUCUAUGGGUCUACUAGGGGGUUUGGUAUUGCAGUAGGAAUUAUUUGUUUCUUGCUUUUUAAUGGCUUUGUGGUGAUAGGGACUUUCUUUCUUAAUGCAGCAUGGUUUGCCUUUACUCUCAGCUUUCAGCUGAUUCUGAUCAGUUUUCUUUUGGAUGCCGUUAAUUCAAAUCCUUUUGGAUAUGAUAUUGGGGUCACCAUCAUUUUUGGUUUAGUUAGUUUUUACUGCUUUCUGGCCACCCUGUUUAACCAGAGCUUUGAGAGACCCCAGUUGCCCUUGGGACAUGCCUGGGCCAGCCUCUGUGGAUUUGGACAGAGCAACUCCAUAUGUCCUCAUUUGUCUUCCAGAAAAACCAGCUCAGUCAGAAAAAUUGCAGAGAUAAUGAGAAAUGGUGGCACGUGUGGUAUUCCUACAGACACUGUGUAUGUGUUGGUGGCGGCUUGCAACUGUCCCGAUGCUGUUGAAAAGGCUUACAAUACAAAGAAACAAGCCAAAGAGAGGCCAAUGUCUUUAUGGAUCUCCAAUGUCACCCAACUAGAACCAGCAAAACAUCUGUUGAGUCCUCUACUCUGGGACCUCAUGCAGAAAGUUUGGCCUUCAUCUAUCAGUCUUGUCAUCCCCAGAGGAGAGUGGUUGAACUUAUUUGGACUGCAACAUGCAGAAAAAUACAUUGGAACUCCUCAGAGCAUUGCCAUAAGAAUUCCAGACUGUACUGUUACUACACAUCUCAUUGAUCAGGUGGGGCCUAUAGCAGUGACAUCAGCAAACCCAACUGGAGAAGCAGACACCACUCACCACAAUCAAGUCUAUGCCAAACUCGGCAACAAGGUUGAUGCUGUAUUGUGUGAUGGUCCUUCACCAGAAAACAUUGCCUCUACAGUUGUGGAUUGCACCAAGAUAGAGACAGGGACACUGGGUUUCUUUAGAGUCGGUCUUGUGCCCAAAUCACAGGUCUUGCAGUUGUUCGAAGAAGUGAAGAAGAAACAUCUAAAGGGCCAAAUUAAUGACAGCUUCAACCAGGAUGAAACAGAACGUAACACAUUUCAGCAUUCAGAAGUGACAACUGCCUAUGAUAAUGCUGUCUUCAUAAAUGAUGAAAACGAGAACAAGUUGUAACAUACAGAUACUACUGAAACAAUUUAUGUAUUAUUCGCAUUUUCACUUGAAUGUGCCAUUAUGAACUCCAAUAUCUGUUAAACAAUCACAUGAUGGGUUCCAUUUUCCUCUUCACCCCUUUCCUGAAGAGUAUUAAGAGCACCUGACCAUUCUUAUUGGGUCUAGGCAAUGAUUAUGAAUAAGCUGUUGAACAAGGAGGAACCACAGACCUGUUUGAUGUAAUCCAACUCUGUCCUUAUCCAUCAUCACCAUACAUGUUUUCCUGUAUUUUCCUUCUCAGUGUGAAGCAGUUCAAUUGUAUGAACAAUUAAAUACUCUGUAGUCAGUGGAAGUAACCACUGGAAGAUUUUGUACCUGUGGUACAAAAAAAAAUUGAAAUAAAUAGAUAAUUUUUUUUACAUUGUCCGUAAUAAAUAUGGAAGUUUCUAAAUGUA